CGCGCGGGAGGGGGAGCGGGUGUGGGGCGGCGGGAGCGCGCCUGCGCGCGGCCAAGCCGCCUGGGCACCCGGUCCUGACUGUGACGGGAGGCGGCGGUCGGUCCUCCCUGUAACGGCGGCGGCGCCUGCUCCAGACACCUGCGGCGGCGGCGACCCCGCGUUGGGGGCGGAGAUGUGGCCCCUGGUGGUGUUGCUGCUGCUGGGCUCGGCGCGCUGCGGUUCAGCUCAGCUAAUAUUUAAUACAACCAAAUCUGUAGAAUACACCGUUUGCAAUCAAACUGUUGUCAUCCCAUGUUUUGUUAAUAACAUGGAGGCGAAGAGCAUUGCUGAAUUAUAUGUCAAGUGGAAAUUUAAAGGAAAAGACAUUUUCAUCUUUGAUGGAGGUCAGCAAAAGUCCAAGCCCAGCGAUAACUUUACUAGUGCAAAAAUCUCACCAUCAGAAUUACUAAAUGGCAUUGCCUCUUUGACGAUGGAUAAACGUGAUGCCGUCUUAGGAAACUACACUUGUGAAGUAACAGAAUUAAGCAGAGAAGGCGAAACCAUCGUAGAACUAAAAUAUCGUGUUGUUUCAUGGUUUUCUCCAAAUGAAAAUAUCCUCACUGUUAUUUUCCCAAUUUUGGCUAUACUUCUAUUCUGGGGACAGUUUGGUGUUGUGACGCUCAAAUAUAAAUCCAGUUAUACGAAGGAGAAAACCAUUUUUCUAUUAGUUACUGGACUAGUGCUCACUAUCGUUGUCAUUGUUGGAGCCAUUCUUUUCAUCCCAGGUGAAUAUUCAACAAAGAAUGCUUGUGGACUUGGUUUAAUUGUAAUUCCUACAGCAAUAUUAAUAUUACUUCAGUACUAUGUGUUUAUGAUAACUAUGGGGAUGUCCUUCUUCACCAUUGCCAUAUUGAUCCUUCAAGUACUGGGCCACGUGCUCUCUGUGGUUGGAUUCAGCCUCUGUGUCUCAGAGUGUACCCCAGUACAUGGUCCUCUUCUGAUUUCAGGUUUGGGUAUUAUAGCUCUAGCAGAAUUACUUGGAUUAGUUUAUAUGAAAUGUGUUGCUUCCAAUCACAAGACUAUACAACCUCCUAGGAAAGCUGUAGAGGAACCCCUUAAUGCAUUUAAAGAAUCAAAAGGAAUGAUGAAUGAUGAGUAACUGAAGUAAAAUGAUGGACUCUGAUUUGGAGAGUAGUACGACAUGAAAGAAAUACACUUGUGUUUAAGCACCGUGGCCUUGAUUCACUGUUUUGGAGAAGAAAACAAGAAAAGUAACUGGUUUCCAUCUAUGGGAGAAAGUAAAAAAUUGACCUUUCAAUGAUUGUUACAGUUAAGUUUUUAUUCAAAGCAUUUUUAAUUUAGUUAAUAAAAGAAUUAUGAUCUGUGUUGUGUGCCCAAUUGA